AUGCGCCCUUACUUUGCGAUAGGCUUGCUGCUUCAGACUACCCUCGCAGUUUCCGAGACAGCCAACGUCAUUUAUGCCAGCGACAGCAGCGUAGAUCUUUCCUCUGAUGGGUCCAAACCCAACAUCGUGGUUCUCGACUAUGGUUACAGUGUCGAGGGUCACCCAACGUUCGAAGUAGUUUCGGCUUCUGGUGAUACGUCUGGGUUUGAGAUUACGUUUGCGGAAUCCAAGGCUGCCUUGAACUUGUACAUGAGUGACGGACCUCUUCCCCUUGCGGCGGCCAUGGACACAUACCGAGUCAACAAGUACAAUAUAACUGAACCUGGAUUGAUCACCAACCGUCUUAUUCAGGGCGCUUUUCGCUACGAGACGUUUAACCUUUCUUCUGCUGGAAGCCUUCGACUUGAGCGUGUGGGAGUCAAGCCGACAGUCGAAACAACACCUCUUACGGAACUUCCCGGGUCGUUUGAAUGCUCCGACGAAGAUUUGACACGCAUUUGGCAUACAGGUGCCAGAACAGCUCAACUCACCGAGAUCCCCAAAGGCAGCAUUCCAGACUUCUGGCAGGUAACUGAUCAAGGAUCCUUGGUUGAGAGUGCAGCUCCUCAGGCUCUGAGUGACCCUGGUGUCGCUCAGGCUACCAGCUACGAGAUUGAAUUUGACGUCAAGCCAGUCACUGGCGAGUUCGUCUUCUCAGUUCUGUCGGAUACGCUGAAUGAGGCAGUUUUGAUCACCUGCAACAUCGAGACCGGCGUCAUUUCAACUAGCACUUCUUCCUCUGGCAAGAUUAACAACAAGACAAACGUCGGCGAAUGGCUCUCAGUUCAUGCCCGGGUGAACAUGACCGACAUUGAGGUUUCUAUCAACAACCAGACAGCUCUCAAAUUCACCCAGACAUCGAGGUUCUUCGGCUCGUUUGGUCUCGGCGCACCUCUUGGGCACUCCGCUUACUACCGCAACCUCCGCGCUACCACACUUGAAGGUGUAGAGAUCUAUUCCUCCACUUUAAAAGACAAAUCCUUCCUCAAAGAUUUCUUCAUGGGCAACAACCCUCUGGACACGAUUGUCGACGGUUCACGACGUGAUCGAAUCGCCUACUCUGGUGAUCUCGAUAUUGCAAUCUCAUCAACCUUUGCCAGUACAUAUGGAAAGUCAUUCGUUGAAGGAUCCCUUGAUCUCGUUGGAUCAUACCAGACAACCGCUGGGUUCUGGAUCCCCAAUGCCAAGAUUCAGCAAGAACCACUACCACAGCCCCUCGAAAUCAACAUCACUGGUCUCAUCGGCUACUCAUUCAAUUUCCUCAAUGGUCUUGCCACCAACUAUGAGGUCCUCGGCGACAAGACAUUUGCUAAGACAUGGGCCCCACGAGCAGUGGCAAUGCUGGACUGGGCCCAUUCACAGCUAGUCGACGGGCUCUUCACUAUCGAUGAUGCUUCACUGACUGGAGACUGGAAUUAUUACGACCCGUCGCAGACAGGUGCUAGCACCAAGUUUAAUGCUUUGUAUGCCUACUCUCUGCAGAGAACAGAGACUUUCCUCAAGGUGGGCGGUGUAAGCACGGCCAAGUAUCAGACUCGACUGAAGAACCUUCGCAAGGCCAUCCACAAGCAACUCUGGAAUGAAACGAUGGGCGCUUACGUUCUCAGCAACGAGGUCAGAACUGGAUUUGCCCAGGACGCAAAUGCUCUGGCUAUCCUAUCUGGUAUUCCCCAGAGCAACGGCAUCUCUUCAAAGUCCCUGUUGAAGACCAUGGAGGCAGAGCUUCAACUUCCCGCGGGACCUCUUGCUUUCAGCAACGGCACAGCCAGUUCUGGAUUCGCUCAGAAGAUCAGCCCCUUCUCAUCUGCAUACCAUCUCCGAGCAGCCUUUGAAGCUAGUGAUGGAGAUACUGCUAGACAACUACUCAAGACUCUGUGGGCACCUAUGGCCAACCCCUCCAACGUCAAUUACACGAAUACGUUCUGGGAGACUCUUGAUCCUGACGGCACGCCUGGACUUGGUAUCAUGACCUCGCUGUGUCAUGGAUGGGCUGCUGCACCUACCGCUGAAUUGAUCAAGUGGGUUCUUGGAGUGCAAGUUGUUAUGCCCGGGUUUGCCGAGUGGAAGGUCCAACCCAUGCUUCUUGGCCUCGAAUGGGCAAAGGGCCGUGUUCCAACUGAGAAAGGCGUCAUUGAAGUUGAGUGGAAGCUUGUAUCCGAUCUUUUGCACAUGAAUGUUCGAGUUGUGGAUGAUAAGGGAACUCGCGGAACUAUCUAUGUUCCUGAGGUACUUCCUGUUUCUGUUAAGGACAGCAUCUUCACGGUCAACGGAAAGGCUGUGAAGAAGAACCAGUUCUCUGUCAAAGGUGGUGAACUGGUUACUUUGAUCCAGAAGAGGAAGUAG